AUGCUUCUCUCAUUGCUUUUAACAACACUUAUUCCAACAAUCUGGACUAUAUUACAAGUACAGCGAAAUGAAAGACGAUUUUAUGAUCAGUUAGAUGGUUUGUGGACAUUUGUAAGAGAGGAAACAAAUUCUCCGUCCACAGGCAUGCAUCAAAAAUGGUACUCACAAGAUUUGUCACAAUUUAAGAAUGCAACAACUAUGCCUGUACCAUCAGCUUACAAUGAUCUGACAGCUGAUCUUCAAGUACGUGAGCACGUUGGUUGGGUUUGGUAUCAGCGUAAAUUUUUCGUCAGUGCACGUGACAAACCCUACAGGCAUUUUGCCCGUUUUUCUAGUGUACAGUACUACGCAGCUGUAUUUGUGAAUGAUCAAGCAGCUGGAAUCCAUAUUGGAGGUCAUCUGCCCUUCGAGAUUGACAUUACAGAUCUCAUUUUAUUUGAUAAAGAAAAUGUUCUUACGGUAGCCGUAAAUAACACAAUGACCUCUCGGACAAUACCACCCGGGGAAUUUCGAUACAUUCAAAAGGAGCGUCGAGAAAGUCAACAAUAUCCUAGCGGAUUUUUUAAACAAACGUGGAAUUUCGAUUUCUUCAAUUAUGCUGGAAUUUUGCGCCCAGUAUAUAUUACAAAAAAACCAUCCGCAUAUAUAGAAGAUAUCAGUAUUGAAGCUGGAGGAGAUGGAUCAUUUCGUUACCAAAUCGAUGUAGUAUCAAAGUCAAAUGAAGAAUCAUUCAAAGUUACUGUUCUGGAUAGGUAUGGCAAAGUUAUAUUUGAUCAUAAUGAUCGGGUGUACGAUGGUCGUAUUGAGAAUAUUCAACCUUGGUGGCCUCGUGAUAUGGGACCAGCUGUUUUGUAUCAAUUUACGGUUCAAAUAUUAAUCUCAGAUACGUUAAUUGACAUUUACCGUUUGUGGUUUGGCUUUCGGACAGUAAGUAUCUCCAGCGAUCAGAUUUUCAUUAAUGGGAAACUAUUUUAUUGCCAUGGUUUUGGUAUGCAUGAAGAUUUUGAACUCCACGGUCGUGGCUAUAAUCCAGUGGUAAUGAUCAAAGAUUUGAAUAUGUUGGAAUGGAUGAGUGGAAAUUGUUAUCGUACUUCACAUUAUCCUUAUAGUGAGGAAAUGGCUAAUGAAGCUGAUCGACGAGGUAUUGCUGUGAUUACUGAAACACCCGCUGUUGGAUUAAGUUACUUCACCAAAGAAAACCAAUUACUGCAUGCAGAAAUGAUACGAGAAUUGAUUCAACGUGAUAGCAAUCAUCCUUCAGUAAUUAUGUGGUCACUGGCUAAUGAGCCAGUGUCCAGCUAUCCAGCAGCUCGACAAUACUUCAGUGAGUUAAUCAAUCUUACACAUUUUUUGGAUCCCACUCGACCUGUCACUGCUGUUUUAUCCGCCAGUUUUGAUACUGAUCAAAUUGCUGAUCUGCUAGAUGUAAUUUGCAUAAAUCGAUAUUUUGGUUGGUAUAUUGAUAUAGGUUAUUUAGAAACCAUUAAUCGUAGUUGGGUAUUUGAAGUAAAGAACUGGAAAUCAUUAUUUGACAAACCAAUUGUGAUAUCAGAAUAUGGAGCAGAAGCGUUACCAGGUUUAAAUGAGGGUCCAAGUCGAGCAUUCAGCGAGCAGUACCAAAAGGAAUUACUGGAAGAAACACAUCUUGCAUUUGAUGUAUUAAGGAAGAGUAAUACAAUUGCUGGUGAAAUGAUUUGGAAUUUAGCUGAUUUUAUGACUGCUCAAGGUUUGUUCAAGAAUGAUUCCUUCCUUCAAGAUCAUAAUGAUUCAAGAAGGAGAUUAGAUUAUAAUUGUUUGAUCAGUUAUUAG